AUGACGAGACGAGUGUCAAUAAAGAAGUAUCGCUCAAGAACCAAAAACGUCAUCAUCCAGAAAAUACCUUCUCAAUCACUCGGCCCUGAUGAUGACGAGAUGAACAAAGGGUUGCAGAAGCAGUUUCUCCAAGGACCAAGACAGUGGAGGACGGUGGACACAAAGUCACAAACACAUCUCCUUCGUCUUCCCACUCGGCUGUUCCACUAUCCGCAUUCUUCUUUCCCCAAAUCAAAAGCAAACCCUAACCGCCGCUACCGCUGUCUUCAAGCCACUUUUGCCACCACCACUGCCGCCCUUCAAUUGAAGAGCCCUUUCUCUCCGACUCCCAGUUUGUUGGCCAACUUUAGAAGCAGCUACGGUAGGCAUUUCAUUAGCUCCAUUGGCGGUGGUGGCAGGAGCCGUGGUGGAGGGGGAUACGGCGGCGGUGGAGGCGGGUACGGCGGUGGUGGAGGUUACGGAGGAGGUGGGUGUUUCAAGUGUGGUGAGUCUGGGCAUCUUGCUAGGGACUGCUACCAGGGUGGCGGCGGUGGGGGUAGGAAUGGCGGUGGGGGAAGCGGUUGCUUCAAAUGCGGGGAAGAUGGACAUUUUGCCCGAGAAUGCCCAAACAGUAAUCGUUGAGCUGGGUUCAACCUCAACCUGGAGGGUUUUAUUUUCAAAAAGUGUUUAUCCGCAUUUGAAAUCCCUCUUCUGCUUUUGGGUUCUUUGAUUUCACUGUCUCUGUUUUCUAUUUUACUUUUUGUUUUAUUUGGGGGUUGGCUUAAGGUUUUUAAAGGCUUUGAUCUGGUGAACCACAUGCGGUACUAAAUGCGAAUGUUAUUUUGUGGUGGGUUAUUUUUGUGAUUAAGUGGUCACCCGCAUCAAGUAGUAGCAGUAGAAGACACAGUACUAGUUUCUCUCUACCACUUUGUUAGGUUUUCAAGAGAAAAAA